AUGACAAUUACACCCGACAUUGUACGACAGGCCAUCACUUCCAUGGUCCAUGAUCACGCCAAAACAUCAUUAAAAAAUAUUUUAAAGAGACUCAAUUUACCAACGAGUGACAUUACGGACGAGCAUCUAGCAAGGGCUAGGACCUCAUCUACGAUUGAUAAAGAUGCAACAACCUCUAGCGGCAAGCUAAAAAAGGAUCAUGUUCCGCGUGGUCUUAAUCCUGCCAUUGACAACAUCCUCAACAUCGAUGAAGGAACCACGGGGAGGAAACUCAACAAUGACAAACCAUUGCGACAAUCCAUACUCCGAUGGAUAUCAGAUAUGGAUAUCGAAGCCAUAUUCAGAGCCGAAGUCAAUGGUUUCACUUUGGAUAUGCUUGAAUUGGAUAUCACACAAGAAGACGAUGCUUAUCGGACGGUGUCAACGCCUUUCAGAAGCAUUUUGAAAGAUACCAAUGAUGCCGCUGGAAUUGUGCCGCGAUUGGAUGCGAUUGCUGAAAAAUGCACGGAUCUUUACCAUGAUAUGUGCAAAGUGAUCCAUUUGAACAUGAUCUCUUAUGCAGCUAUGAAUGACCACGGGUCGACCAUGAUCAACAUCCAGCAACUGCGUUUGAACAUCGACCACCAGCAAAGUCUCCUGCACCAAGGAUUCACGUCUUCUGAUCCUCAAUCAUCAGAAGAUAGCAAGUUGCUUUUCAGUUUUCAGCACAUACAAUAUCUAUACACCAAUCAUUUCGGCAUGGGGUCACAGGCACCAACCCAUAGCAAGUACCCUCUAUGGAAGAAAAUCAUGGGCGAUGGUGCACAGUCGUUCUAUGGUUUGAGUUCUCAAACCGCCAAUGAGGUCAUCUCGACAAUAUCCACCAAUGUACAGAAUAUGUACACAGGCGCUCGGAUUACCAGGUCGUUGUUGCGUUCGGUGAUUGAUGUACUUCUCAAGCGUCAACUUGGCGAUUUCUCGGGUCAUUUUGAUGAUAAGUACCCCGUUUUCCAUGCAAGUGAGGAUGAUUGUGCUGUACACAGGCCAAUGGAAAAUGAAUGCCCUGCUUAUCGUGCAAUCGAUGAUGAGUAUCCGAUCUAUCAGCCAAUGGAAGAACCGUGCCUUCUUUAUCAACUCCACGAUGAUGAAGAUUUUCCUGGCACAUGUAUCAACCAAGACGAGGAGAUGACAUGUCAUGAAGUCGAUACAACUGCCAAUACUUUAGCCGAUUUGCAAUUGGGAGCCAAGGAUAUUGACAAGAGUCAAACAAAGCUGUUGUCUCGGCGAUCAAAGCGCAACGCACUUCACAGCAAAAUCAAGACAACAAAGAAACAGCUACAAAAGUUGGAAAAGUUGGAAAAGACCGAGUCCUUAACCAUUGCACAAAUUAAGAAGAAGGAGAAAACCAAUGAACGUUUAAAAAGAUUGGAGGAUGAGAUGAAGCAAUAUAACGAAGAAGCCAAGGAGGCGACAAGGACUCUGCCCAUCACCAAGACUCAGAUCAACACCAAGGAAAAGAAAGAAGGAAAGCGCCGUGAUUCUCAAAAGAAAAGAAGAGACCAAAUCCGUGGAUUGUUGAUGAAAAUAUGCCUACAAGAAGAAGAUGUUUCAGCAAAUGGAAUCAACUCAUUUUGGGAACAGCCUGAGGAUUUGUCCAGCAAAGAGAUCGAUAUUAUUGUCCAUAUAUACAACAACAUUCGACCUUUUCUACGCCAUGUAUAUCCAUCAAAAUGUUCCAUCGCAUCGCAAGUACCAUUUUGUGUGCUGGCAAACGCCAUCCUUAAGUCGGCGAACGUUACAUCGGAGAUGAGAGCACUCGUUCCACAUACUUCAUCAGGUGAUAUCCAUGCAUUGACCAUCACAGCUAAAUCGCUGUAUGAAAAUGUGAAUGACCUGAUCCCAGACUUUGAACGGCGAGGUAUCAACAGUGCGAGAACAGCAACGUCACGCCCGAAUGAUACGUUUUCUUUGGUUUUCUCCGUUGACAAAAUCAAUGAAAAAUGUGAAGGACACAACUUGGAUUGGAUUCGCCGUAUCAUCAUGACAUCCAACGGGAUGGCUCGUAUUAUUGGGAAGGUGCGUGAUCGAUCAAGGCUUGUUCCUCAAUACCAACCAGCAAAGUUUGCACCCACGAUCAUUCAAGGAUCCCAAUCUUUUCUUAAGUCGCAUAUCGAGGAGCUUAAAAUCGAACGCCAGCAACUACAGGAGUCGUCAGAUACGACAAAAUCUGAUCUUCUUUCCAAAAAGGAUGAUUUACAACGUAUUCGGCACGAACCUGAUAACGAUCACCAGGUGGUACGUGAUCUGAAGCAAGAGUGCCGCGAUUUACAAUCUAAGCUGUGUGACAACGAUGAAAGUCUACGAGUGAACAAAAAAACAAUUGCAAUUACCAAAAGGUCUUUGAACACAAAAAGCAACAAGGACCAGAAGAAGGACCGUGAGAAGAUAGUGUUAUCAUCCGAUAACCCCAUAUGUCUGGCACCAGCCCAUUUUAUGGACAUUACUCAACUACAAAGCGAUGAACACCAACUUGGAUUUACUGGAGUCGAUUACGGGUUUCGAACGCUUGCUACGAGUGUUCCAAUGAAAGAAGAACAAGCAAAAUAUCAUUUGGAUAUGUUGACCUCUGAUCACCCUCCUGAAAGAUUUAUUCGUUUACCGAAAGCCAUCACGUUGAAAUCUGAGACCAUCUUUGAUUCCACGGGCGAACGAGAGAGAAGGCGAAAACUCGAAUACAAGAAGCAGAACACUAUACAAGGAAAGGGUGUCACGGAGGCAGAAAGAGCUCUAUCCGUAUGCUCUAUGAGAAAGGCAGUGACUCCAUCUCAGAUAAACGACGCUGACAAAGCUAUUACUAGUCAAAGACGUACCGUGAGAGCAUGGUAUAAUGGCACGUAUAUGAAAAGGGCAACCCGCCAGAGAGAGUAUCAAACAAGAAAAUGGAAAGACCGAAUUCUCGCACGCGAGCGUAAGACGAUAAGCAAGAGAUUGAAGGAUCAAAAGCCAUUGACACCACCAUUGAAACAUCGCCCUAUAUUCAUGAUUGGCCACGCUGGAAUGGGAUAUGGUUCGCGUAUCAAAGGUUUUUUGCGUUAUGGUGGCAAGUGGAUGAGGGAAGCACACGCUAGAUAUUGGCCAGUAGCCGUGGUUAACGAGUAUCGGACGUCGCAAGUUUGUGCAUUUUGUGGCCACCAGGUGAUUCGACCCGCUAGCGCAAACCAGAAACGAUCACGCGGUGCUUCUCUAUGUGUAAAUCCUCGAUGCGUAUCUUACAAAAACCGCCACGCUACGUCCGGGCGUGAUCAGAUGGCUGCAGCUAAUAUCUUGAUCAAGGGGUAUGCACGCACUCAAAACGUGAAAAUAGCACCACUUGAAUACGAUUUGUAG